AUGGGCACGGUAAAUCCCCACGACGGGCCCGGCUCUGUUGAGACGGCUGAGAGACCGGGCUGCCUGAGGACCAUCUACCUGACAGUCCACCAUGUGUUGACCUACAACCCACUGAUCAACAUUCUCUACGUUUUCGUUCCUGCGGGCAUCAUCGUGGCCCAGUUUCCGAGUGUCCCUGGCGGCGUGGUGUUUGGUCUCAACUGCGUUGCUGUCAUCCCGUUGGCAGCGUUGUUGGCACAUGCGACGGAGAGCUUUGCUGGUGAAAUGGGCGACGCCUUAGGGGCAUUGAUCAACGUCACCCUUGGAAAUGCCGUGGAACUGAUUAUCUUUAAAAACGAAAUUCGGAUCGUUCAGGCUUCGCUUCUAGGUUCCCUGCUGGCCAACUUGCUGCUCAUCCUGGGUCUGGCUUUUUUCCUCGGCGGCAUGCGCUAUCGAGAGCAGCUUUACAACAACACGGUCACGCAGAUGAGUGCCUGCCUGCUGAGUCUGAGCGUCGUCAGUCUAGUCCUUCCGACCGCAUUUCACGCCUCCUUCGAGGAUUACCAUCGCGCGGAUGAGCAGUCACUCAAGAUUAGUCGGGGCACCAGCACCGUGUUGUUGGUCGUCUACAUUAUUUUCCUCGUCUUUCAGCUCAAGUCACACGCCUAUCUCUACGAAUCCAUGCCAAGGCACAUUGUCGACGCAGAGGCUGCACCUGGGCCUGUGGCCGGCUGGCUCGUGAACGACGACGAGGACGAUGACGACGACGACGAAGACUCGGGCCUCGAUUCGGACGAUACACGCGUCAACAUGCGCCACAGAAUGCGACGAGCCUUUAGUAAGAGUAAGAGACGCAACACAUCGCCUACGUUAGGCCCCGCGCUCGGCUCCCGAAGGUCGUCGCAGACUAUCGUCGACGUCGACGAUGCUUUGCCAAGGACACGAGACGGCGAGGUUGACGGCGGCAACGAGGCCACGGAGCUGAAAAUAGAGAAGAAGAGAUCAAAGAGCCUAAGAGGCCGUCGCAGGAGAUGGAGACGCCGUAAUGCAGAGGGCGAAGACACCGUGCAAAGAGGAGGUGACGCACGGCAGGGACACCAGAGAACAGCCAGUGGCCCUCCUCAGCUGGAACUCCGGCUGCCCAGCAGCGAGAUCGCAUCGUGGACCCCGAAGAGCCCGUUUGUCAGGUUUAAGAACUUUGCACCGGUGCUAUUCGACGAGGCCGGUCCAAGUGACACGCGCCGCCACUCGCAGAUGGCCCAAAAUGCGGACGUGCCAGGACGAUCCGACAACAACCACUGCCCAUCGCGUCUUUCGGUAGACACAUUGACUGGCGGCGUUGGAGUUGCCGAACCCAUGGCGGACGACGAGAAGAGACCAGAGGGGUUCGAGAUGUCGCGGAUUGGCGCCCUCAUUGUGCUCCUCAUCGCGGCCGCGCUUGUGGCGACGUGCGCCGAGUUUCUCAUCUCGUCCAUCGAGGCGGUCACGGCGUCGUCCCCGCUCAGCGACACGUUCAUCGGCCUCAUCGUGCUGCCGAUUGUGGGCAACGCGGCGGAGCACAUUACGGCCAUCAGCGUCGCCAUGCGGAACAAGAUGGACCUGGCGAUUGGGGUGGCGAUUGGGUCCUCGAUCCAGAUUGCGCUUCUCAUCACGCCGCUGGUCGUCCUGCUCGGCUGGAUCCUCGACAAGCCCAUGGGUCUAUACUUUACGCUUUUCGAGACGGUGUGCCUGUUUGUCUCGGCUUUCAUUGUCAACUUCCUGGUGCUGGAUGGCAAGAGUAAUUUCAUGGAGGGCGUCUUGCUGUGCGCGGUGUAUCUGGUCAUUGGGAUUGUGGCAUUCUUCUACCCGGAAGGGAGCGAGGUGAGCCACUGGGGGUUUGGCGAGGAUACUGACUCAUUUUGA